AUGCAGGUGGGACUAAAGGUUGGAUUUUAAGGCGGGGGCGGAUCCCGGAGACACGCUCUCAGGUUGGAAGGUGGGGUGAAUGCCGGGUCGGCGAGUGCACCUUAUUCUGCACCCCUGCGCCCACCUUGGGAACUGCACGCGGCACCCUCACCCCCCACACUGAUGAUAGUACGGCCUGCAGGGCUCCCCUGGCGAACGAAGCUAAUGGUUCGCUCCACCCCGCCCACAGAGAGGCUGCCCACCGGCUCUGCAGCUUCUCGGGACUCCUCCGUCAGACCAACUACAGAAGGGGUUUAACCUUUGUCCUCAGUCUCUCUUAAAGGCAGGGGGCAUCGUCUUCGGCUCUGACCCCCACUCAGACCCAGACAGGGUCCCAGCCUCCGCCUUGGACUUGUGCCUAGGAAGCCGGCCAACCACCGCCUUCAGACCUUGGGGGAAAGUCUCUGCCUCUGCUCUCUGGCUCUGAAAACAGUCUCUGGACUUCAUCUUCUCUCCACCCACUCCCACAUCUCAAGACACUCUAGCCCCAGGAUGCAGGACAGACACACAGACACUCAGUGAGGGUCAAAGAUCUUUAAAUAGGAGCCGGUGACAAUAAAUACUGUACAGGGGAGGGAGGGAGGGUGAGG